AUGUGUGUAAACCAGACUCCUGUGGACCACUGGCUGAGUGUUCAGGUACUGGAGGCUGUGUUUGUGUUUCUGGUUAUGAAAUACCCCCAGAACACCUACCCAUAUCAGAUUCAUAUGGUUGUGUUGGUAUACAUAGAUGAGUGCCAGAGGACUUCAGGCAUUUGUGGUCCCUACGCCACAUGUGACAACACUAUUGGAGCAUACUUCUGUACCUGUCUGGAGGGAUACCAUGCUACAGAUCUGGUAUUACCACCUGAAGGUUCCGACGAAUGCAUAGAUAUUGACGAGUGUCUUGAGAACGUCUGUGGUGAUGGUGGGACCUGUUCCAACAACGUAGGAAGUUUUGCGUGUCAAUGCCAUGAAGGCUACCUACUUGUACCCGAAGCAACUCCUCUUUGCCAAGAUAUUGAUGAGUGUUUCAACUCCACCGUCUGUGGCCCUGACUCUGAUUGCACCAACACACCGGGAAAUUAUACCUGUGAAUGUCAUCUGGGGUACGCACCGACUGAACCGGACCAGGAGCCCAGCGAGAUCAACGUCUGUAUCGAUGUUGACGAGUGUACCACAUAUGCCACCAUCUGUGGUCCUUAUGCCAACUGCACAAACUCAAUCGGAUCUUACAGCUGCACCUGCUUUCUUGGUUUUCGGCUGAACAACCCAGGCGUGAUAGCCAGCUUUGCUAACCCAUGCACAGAUAUAGAUGAGUGCAGUGAGACACCUGGUCUAUGUGGUAAACUAACUGUGUGCACUAAUGUACCGGGGACCUUCUAUUGCUCUUGUCCCGAUGGAUUCUACCCUUCAACUGGACUCUUGUGGAAGAUGGGGAUCACAUUUUGUCAGACUCUUGAGGACAUCUUGGAUGCGAUAAAACCCCCAGAGGAAGUGUCAGGUGUUGGACCACGUGCCAUGUCAAGCACCAGGUCACGCACCAGGUCAAGCAGCGUGAGUAGUGAAGGAGAUGCGGAGACCGGCAGUGUGAUCCUGGGCCUCUCAGACCGGUUAGUGUCUGCUAUAGUGCAGCCAACUCAGAACAAAACCAAGAGAACUGUGAAGAGUUCAACAGUGGAUUUAAGUCUUGAAACUACCGGGCCUGGAGGCAACAAUGCAGAGAGCUCUACGCUCUCAGCCAAGGGAAACACCAUGCAGAUCAACCUGGAAGGUCUGGCCAAAAAUAACAACGGUUCUGCAGCAGCUGCCUUCAUGACAUUAAAUGGGAUGGAGAGUCUUCUCAGUCACCAAUACUUUAAAACAGAGAACCAGACAGAGAUGUACUCGGAUGUCAUCACUGCAAUCUUACCAGCGAUGAACAACACCAACCUCACUGAGCCUGUCAACUUCACCAUCAACCAUAAGAAGACAGUACCUGAAUCUGGUUUGGUGACCUGUGUGUACUGGGAGGAGAAAACAGAGGAGACAGGAAGUGCAACAGGAGGCAACAAGGCCAAGACCAUGCGUUGGUCGGGAGAGGGCUGUUGGGUUGCAUUCACCAAUGAAAACUACACAGUGUGCAGCUGCUCCCACCUAUCCACGUUUGCCCUCAUCAUGCAGAUAGGGGAGCCUCCACAAGAGGAUCCUUUCCUAGACUGGCUAAACCGAAUGUGUGUGAUCAUCGGACUAUUCUUCCUUGCUUUGGCCAUCUUCACCUUCCUCCUGUGUAGCUGGAACCCCAAGAUCAACAACACAGCCCGUCUUCACCUCUGCCUCAAUCUCUUCUUCUCCCAUCUGCUGCUGCUGUGGAAUGACAAAUAUGUUGAACAAGAGCUGGCCUGCACCGUCAUGGCGGGGCUUAUCCACUUCCUAGUUAUAGCAAGUUUUGUGUGGAUGCUGCUGGAGGCGCUCCAGCUCCACCUGUUGGUCCGGAGACUCUCUAAGGUGCAGGUCAUCCAGAGAGAUGGCCUCCCGAGGCCACUGCUCUACCUGAUUGGCUACGGCGUUCCAUUUGUGAUUCUUAAUUGGAUAUUGUUCUGUGCUACUUUAUGGAGUUUGAGACCGACACUGGCCAACAUGAGAAGUGAUGUUUCUCAAUCCAAAGACACCAGGUUGAUUGUGUUCAAGAUCCUGUCCCAGUUUGUCAUACUGGGCUGUACCUGGAUUCUGGGCCUGUACCAAUCAAACCUUUUCUUCCGGGUCCUCUUCAUAAUUCUUAACUCCCAGCAGGGCACCUUCCUCUACAUCGUCCACUGUCUGCUCAACAAGGAGGUCAUUUUCAAAUAG